GGGGUCCUCACCUGCUGUAUCCUCAUGGCCCAGGACCUUUCAGAUCUUUUUGUCGACAUCAUCUUUGGCUCUCCACUCCAAAUAUUUAUUCACCAACAUGUCGAAGAUCGCUCAGAACUCGUUGAACUCGUCAAGAAACAUGGCGGCACAGUGGUCUCAGGCUACAGUGCCAUCCCUUACAUUCUAGUCGACCCUCGUAAACAGUCUGGUCAAAACCUAUUCCACCAAUACUCUAGCAAGAAGGGCAAAAUCGUUCUCGAUGCCCGCUGGAUACGCGAGUGCAUCAAAGCUGGUCAACUUCAAACAUUUGCUCAUAAUUGGGGCGGCUGCAAGGUUGAUGGCACGGAACCUCAAUCACAGGAUUCAACUUCAUCAGAACAACAACAGCAACAACCCACAAUUCAUGCACCUCAUCCCCAGCAUUUCGCAUUUCAAGUCCAAGUUCAGGCUGCUGCCGCUCAGCAAUGGCAACCGGCACCGCCUGAACAACCCCAGAUCACUGCGACGAAUGGUAUUCAAUCAACCGGUCAGUAUGAAGACCAACGAAACUGGGCUUCUUACCCUCAACCCAAUGGUGCAACGUCUUCGUAUGAUUAUGCUCGGUAUCGACAAGACGCAAGUGGUUGGCCUGCGGAUGGUUCAUUUUAUGGACACACCUUCGCUGCGUCUUAUCAACCAACCUUCAUUGAGGAAGAGAACUCAGGCCCGGAAGCCGGUCCAUCCACGCCUCCAACAGAUAAAACCAGGGGCCGCAAACGCGCUAGGACUGUGGCCACCCCCGCUCCUCCAGCUUCCUCUCUUGUCGCUAACAGCCGACUCCCUGCACGAUCACCCUCUCCUCCCACCCGAGUAGUCAAGAGCACCUACGGCGGAAACUUAUUCACUUCGGACGACGUCGUCUAUUUGAAGAAAUACAUCAAGUACUGUCACGAAAGCGGCCUCGUCCUCAGUCUUCGUGAAAUUUGCGAGCGGAUAGCAGUCAAAGCACCACAUCACACUUUCUACUCUUGGCGACGUUACUGCAACAAGCACCAAAUCCGCCUGGGUGGGUAUCAAAUGAAUGCUGAUUCACCAGACACCGCCGCAGAACAAGAGACUCCCGUUGUUGUUGAACCACCGCCAUCUGUCCGACUACCCGGAGGUUCCAUUCAUGCGUUGGGGGCCGUCGAUGUAUCGCCGUCAAGGGACAGAUCUCCAACACCGCCUCGCGCUCUCUUUCGCAGCACUACUGGGAAAGGAGUCGCUUUUACUGACGAGGAUAUUACGGGACCUGAUGCCCCCGUUCCCGUCGCGCAACCACCGGGGAAAAAACUGCGCUAUGGUCGUAGCGAUGAUAUCAUUCUAGCCAAGUACUUCUUGAAUGAAAUUCAAGGCACCUCGGACAAGAUAUUUCAAGCUUUCGCGCAGAUUUUCUAUCGCGACGGAUACCUAGUUCUCCGCGGUUUUGUCUCGCAAGAGGAUGUUGGCGCAAUGUUGGCUCGUUCGAAAGAACUGCUGAACGAAUUCAACAUCGAAGAUCACCCUCUGACCAGGUUCACAACGGGGGAUGAAGACCAUGUUGGUGACGACUAUUUUCUGAAUUCUGGCGACAAAAUCCGGUACUUCCUUGAAGCAGACGCAGUCGUCGACCAUAAGUUAACGCGUCCCAAAGAGCUUGCAGUGAACAAAAUUGGUCACGCGCUUCAUGAGCUUGAUCCCAUAUUUCGAAAAGUGACGCUUGAGAAUGAGCGGAUGCGUACUGUGGUCCGCGAUCUCGGUUUUCACAAGGAUCCGUUAGCUCUUCAAUCCAUGGUCAUUACCAAGCAGCCGCGAAUCGGUGGUGAAGUUGGAGAACAUAAUGACUCAACUUUUUUGUAUACCAACCCUCCGAGUGCACUUGGGUUUUGGAUUGCCUUAGAGCAAUGUACUGCCACAAAUGGCGCACUGUCCUUUCUCCCUGGCUCACAUUCCACACCCAUCACCAAACGCUUCGUUCGGCUUCCUGGUGGCGGUACCGGGUUUGAGCCUCUCGUCGACCAGGAAGUGGCCGACCGUGUCUCAGCGGAAUUGCAGGCUUCACAGAGUCGUUAUAUUCUUGAAACGUGUCAACCAGGGGACCUUGUCUUGAUUCACGGAAGUGUACUUCACAAAUCUGAGCACAAUUUUUCCGAGAAGACCCGCUUUGCCUAUACGUUCCACAUGAUUGAAGCUAGCGCUGGAUACGAUUCGAAGAACUGGCUCCAGCCUACCGACGCUAUGCCGUUCUCUCGUAUUUUAACAUGA